CGCAUCCUUGUCUUGGUCAACUCGACCCCGAAAAUAUCUGUGACUCUGUUCUGCACUGCCUAGGGUUCUAACACAACACUUCCAUUCUCAUGAAAGGAAAAAUCAAGAUCUGAGAUCUGGAUCCCAGAAAUUCACGGUUUUGAACCAUUGUGACCUUCUGUUCUGUGAGAUUUUCGCCAAACAAUCGGUUUUGAAGCUCUAUCUGUGCUCUAUUCCAGAUCUGACAAUCUCUGCCACCUUCGAUUCUACAAAGGAAAAUGAGGCCUAUUUUCUGCGGAAAUUUCGAAUACGAUGCCCGGCAGUCAGAGCUGGAGCGGCUUUUUAGGCGCUACGGGAAGGUUGAUAGGGUGGAUAUGAAGUCUGGUAAGUUUUUUUAUUUUAAUUAUCCUUUGUAUAUUUUAAGGUGGAUGACUCAAUACUCAAUGCUUCUGUUUGAUUUGAUUUGAUUUGAUUUUUUUCUUUUUCUUUUUUUUUUUUUGCGGUGGCAAAAUAUCAUGGACCAGAUACUUGAGGUCUAAAGUGCACUUUUAGGUGUUUACUAGUAAAUAGUUUAUGAAUGGAACCUUGAGCUUCCAAAAGGUUGAAUUUUGCGAAAAAAAGAUAAAAUAUUCUCAAAAUUAAACAGAUUCUAUCAGUUUUUUUUUUUAACAAUCAAGUUUAUUGUGUGUAAUAGCUUUUUCUUUUACACGAGUUUUAGACCAGAUUGUGGCUUCAUUUGGUUCAAUCCACUUGCUAAAGGCAAACUGAGAUUCUUGCUACUUGGGAAAUGUGGACUGAAUUAAUAACCAUAUUAAUGAUUUAAGUUAUUUAAUAAAAGUUAUAUACUAGUAUAUUUGCUCGAGAGAAAUUCAGGUUGAGUUAGAGUUACAGGGUCUCAGAUGGGAACUGUCCUGUUAGCAAGAUAUCUCUGUUUAAAGUAAAAUUUGUUUGAUUUAUAAUUAAAGCAUUCAUCUUGCGAACUGGAAAAGUACCUCUGUGGUUUGUCAUCCAGAACUUAGGAUGGGAAUAAGAAAUAAACAUUCACAAGUUGCACAUUUGCAAUUAUACCUUUAAAACCCUCCAGCAGCACGGGAACAUCAGAGAAUUUAUCCGAUCGUUCGAGGCAAUAGCCUGUGGUUCUGCAGCUACACAGUAUCUUCCAAGAUUGGUGAUUCAGUUUCAGGAGUGGACCUUGGUGUACUGCUUGUUGAGCAUUUGUGGGGGGAUCAAGAUAUCUUUUAAGUAAAAAUCAUCUUUUUUGAAGCUUCGACCCCCAUUCUCAACGUUUUCUUUGACGCAGGAUUAUCUUGGCAUAUCCAUUUACUUCCGAGCUAAUGGAUGGGCUUUUCAGAAACCCGUUUCCUGCCUGUGAUGCACAUCUUCUUCUUUUAAUGAAGAACCAUUCAAUUUGAUCUGCCAUGGCACACCUGUUCCACGUAUUCAUCAGUCACAUUUUCCUUUCACUUUUUGUGCCUUUUGCCCAGUCUUCACUUUUGGACAUGUUUCGAGGUUGAAAUAUUGCCAACCUCACAGCAGAGGCAGCAGAAUAGAUGGAGAAGGCACUCACUAUCCAUUGAACCACCAUGAGACCUACACUUUUGGGUUCUUGUUCUUGACACCAAUUUGUUUAUUAAUCAAGGAUUUGCUUUUAUCUAUAUGGAAGAUGAGAGAGAUGCUGAGGCUGCGAUUCGUGCUCUUGAUCGGGUAGAAUUUGGUCGCAAGGGACGCAGACUUCGCGUCGAAUGGACAAAGCAUGAACGUGGCAUUAGAAGGCCUGCUGGUUCAAGAAGAUCUUCAGCGAAUGGGAGGCCAUCAAAGACCCUGUUUGUAAUUAAUUUCGAUACAUACCAUACCAGAACAAGGGACUUGGAGAGGCACUUUGAACCAUAUGGUAAGAUAGUCAGUGUGAGGAUCAGAAGGAAUUUUGCUUUUGUGCAGUAUGAAUCAGAGGAUGAUGCUAGCAGAGCACUGGAAGCUACAAAUAUGAGCAAGUUAUUGGAUCGAGUUAUUUCAGUUGAAUUUGCUGUUAAAGAUGAUGAUGAUAGGAGAAAUGGAUAUAGCCCAGAGAGAGGCCGUGAUCAUCAACGUGAUAGAAGCCGUGAUGGAAGGCGGUCACCCAGUCCCUAUCGUAGAGAAAGGGGUAGUCCUGAUUAUGGCCGUGGGGCCAGCCCAUAUCAAAGAGAGAGGAGCAGCCCUGACUAUGGCCGUGGCCGUAGCCAUAGCAGAAGCCCUCUUCGUAGAGAGCGAGCUAGUCCUGCUUAUGGGCGUAGAAGCCCUAGUCCAUAUAGAAGAGAGAGGGACGGUUCUAACCCUGUUCGUGACUCCAGCCGCAGUCCUUACCACAAAGAGCAUGAGAGAACUGACCAUGGCAUUUCUCCUUCCCGUAGUCCCAAAGGAAGAGAGAGGUCAAGCCCACAAAAUGACCGUGGCUCUAGCCGUAGUCCUUAUGAUACUGUGAAGGCUAGCCCUGAAAAUGGGCAUGGCUCAGGACAUAGUCCUGAUGCAAAAGGAAAUCCCAGCCCUUACAAUGGUUAUGGAGGGAGCCCAAAUACUAUGCCUGAUCCCAGGGAUAGUCCGAACUAUGGUGGUCCUGAAAGUCCUAUGCAUGAAAGAUACCGCAGCCAAUCACCCCCUGCAGAAGAAUGAUUUCAGUCUUUGAUGAAAAAUGCCGGAAAGGCCAAUGGAUUGUAGUGCUGGGUCAUGAUGGAACUUAAUUUCAGCUAAUUACUUUAGUGUAGUAGCGAUAAGGCUCUGAAACUUGUGGUGUUGUGACCACUUAUUAGUAGUGUUUUAUUCAUUUACGUAGUGUCAUGCUUCGUUGUCAGCUUAAUAUUUUAGUCUUUGUUUUCAGUCCAAAAGUGGUACUCUAUCUUUGAUCAAUAUCGGAUAAUUUUUUAGUAAUAGAUGUUGGCAUGUUGUUAAAUCCUUGUGUGCCCUUGAAGAACUGAUGGUAGCAGUAGUGAAUUAGUGAAAUGUUCCAUGGCAUUUCCAUAUGAUUCUGGAUUUGGGUCCGCCUCAUGAUGUUAACAGUACAACUUCAAUGUUAUAAACAGAAUAACAGUGAAUGUUGCAAUAUCCAAAGUUAAGUUCAGCAAAGGAGGUCAACAUCUUGCAAAUAUACUUAGUUGAAGUUGCUGAAUUUUAAAGCAGGGCUGGGCAACACGCCACAUACUCAUUUAUCACCUUAACAAGCAUUUACGUAUGGUUGGGAUACAACAGGAUUUAGGUUGAUCAUUCCUUACAACUUAACUUAUUACUCAUGUAUGUGGCUACUAGAAUCGAUCGAAAUUAAUGUUUAAGUGAUAAAACUUGCCCUUGAUAGCGUUGAAGGUUCCUAUGGGCUUAUGGUACGAGUUGUUAGAAACCUAUAAAUACAAUAGCUAGAUUAAAUCAACAUGAGGACUUGCGACUCUUUUUGUGAAGUUCGGACUUUGGAGAUAGAUACUUAACAAGUUCUGAAGCUCAAUCCUUAAAAUAUUUCUUACAUCUUCUCUCUUUCAUGUGUUCCCCUCAUCUAUCGUGUAAUUGGCUUUAUCUCUUUAGGUUAGAGAAUGAAACAUAAUUUGAAUUUCUUAUAAUUUGGAUUCUCAAGUAUCUUAAUUCAUUUUUAUCCUUUAAU